UGCUGCUGGUUGUGUUUAUUAUAUUAUUACUCUGUUUAUUCAGAGUUUAACCGAGGAGGGAAGAAAUGGGCUGGACCUUCAAGGGGAGCGCUGUGCGCGAGAUAACCUCGCCGUGAGACACUGAGCCGGAGACAGACGGGCAGCUGUUGCAGUGAGUCAGUAUCAUGGAGGCAGGCAGCGAGACUGCUGCAGCGCCACACAGCACAGCUCCAGCACCUCUGGGAGACGCAGCCAGUCAUGAUCCACUACAAGGAGUGUGUCUGCCCAGCCCCCACCCGCUGGAGGUGGAGAGGAGGCCGCAGUCGGUGGAGAGAGCAGGCUGGGAGGACGCCAUCGCUCUUAUGGCGAGGAGUGCAGAUGUGGUCUCUGAGCUGCCUGCUGAGUCGUCUCUUCGCUCGUGCACCAGCACCGCCAGCAUGAAGGUCAAGAAUGUGAAAAAGCUGACUCUCAGUAAAGGCCAUUUUCCUCGCCUGGAGGAGUGUGCUCACUUCCACUACGAGAACGUGGACUUCGGCUCUGUUCAGCUCUCACUGGCCAAGGAUCAGAAUGAUCUGAUGCGCAGCAGCCCAGACUCAAAGGAGCUCGUGUAUCUCAUCCAGAUCUGCUGCCAGGGGUGGAAAUGGAUCGUGCGACGGUCAUAUGAAGACUUCCGUGUCCUUGACAAGCACCUCCAUCUCUGUAUAUAUGACCGGAGAUUCUCUCUGCUCUCGGAGCUGCCCCGAUUCGACAGCCUGACCGAUAAAUCGGAGCCACUUUCCCAAAUGCUCACUGCCUACCUUUCCCGCCUCUCAGCCAUCGCUGACAACAAGAUAAACUGCGGACCUGCAUUGACAUGGAUGGAGAUUGAUAAUAAAGGGAACCAUCUGCUGGUUCAUGAUGAGUCCUCCAUUAAUGUUCCAGCAGUGGCUGCGGCUCAUGUCAUCAAGCGCUACAUAGCCCAGGCUGCUGAUGAGCUCUCCUUUGAGGUUGGAGACAUAGUUUCAGUGAUUGAUAUGCCUCCCAAAGAAGACACUGGCUGGUGGAGGGGUAAACAUGGCUUUCAGGUGGGGUUUUUCCCUUAUGAAUGUGUGGAACUAAUCAGUGAGAAAGUCCCUCCACACGUAACCAGCUCAUUGCCCAAACCAGUGUCUAAGAAGCAUGGAAAGCUUAUCACAUUCCUGAGGACCUUCGUGAAAUCCCGUCCCACCAAGCAGAAGCUGAAGCAGAGAGGGAUCUUGAGGGAGAGGGUGUUCGGUUGUGACCUGGGAGAACACCUCCUCAACUCAGGCCAUGAUGUCCCUCAAGUCAUCAAGAGCUGUGCAGAGUUCAUAGAAAAGCAUGGGGUAGUGGAUGGAAUUUACCGCCUGUCUGGGAUUGCCUCCAACAUUCAAAAACUGCGCCACGAGUUUGACUCAGAGCACAUUCCAGACCUCACUAAGGACACGUAUAUCCAGGACAUCCACUCCGUGGGCUCCCUGUGCAAGCUCUAUUUCCGAGAGCUUCCCAACCCCCUGCUCACCUACCAGCUCUAUGACAAAUUCUCGGAUGCAGUAUCAGCAGCCACGGAUGAUGAGAGGCUGGUCAAAAUCCAUGACGUCAUUCAGCAGUUGCCUCCUCCGCAUUACAGAACUCUGGAGUUUCUAAUGAGGCACUUGGCUCGGAUGGCGACUUUUAGUUAUGUCACAAAUAUGCACUGCAAAAACCUGGCCAUUGUCUGGGCUCCCAAUCUCCUCAGAUCUAAACAGAUCGAGUCAGCCUGCUUCAGUGGGACGUCCGCGUUUAUGGAGGUUCGCAUUCAGUCAGUGGUGGUGGAGUUUAUCCUCAAUCACGUUGAUGUGCUCUUCAGCCCCAAACUCAGCACUCUGAUCCGCGAGAGCACAGGCCACAGCACUUUAUCCCGGCCCAAAUCUUUACUGGUGUGCUCCCCGUCCACCAAGCUGCUCUCUCUGGAGGAGGCGCAGGCUCGAACCCAGGCUCAGCUCGUCUCUCCCGUAUCUCCAGACAGCAAGUACAUCGAGGUUGGAGAGGGACCCGCUGCCCUGCAGGGAAGAUUUCACACAGUCAUUGAGUUCCCCAUGGAGAGAAAGAAGGUCCAGACCAAGGUGAAGAAAUCUCCUGUGGCGAGCUGGCGUUCAUUCUUUAAUAUGGGAAAAUCCUCCACCACAGCCAAGCGUAAACUGCACCGCCAUCCCAGCGAGCCCAAUGAGAUAAAGACCAUGGCACUCCCAGGUGGUAGAGGAGAUUCUGGAACACUGAGAUCAGCUAAAAGUGAAGAAUCACUUUCCUCACAUAACCUUGAAGGUGGAUCCGGAGCCUAUCGACCACGCAGACCUCGCUCUACUAGCGAUGCCCUGUCCACCUCCUUCAACGAGGAGCUACUGAACAACCGAGCCCACCGAGACUUCUCAUCCAGCCACAAAGACAGCAGAAAGGACCCAGCUGUGUCUACCUCCUGUGUGCCUGCUCUCAUUUCGCCCCCACACUCUGCUGAUGCUGAUCUUGGCAUGGCUUUUCCAGACUUUGACCCCAUGUCCUUUCAGAGCUGUGCCCCUCCAGCUGAGACCACUGUAUCAGACGGGAGAAAGAGAGGCAGCAGACGGAGGAACGGAGGUAGCUCCAGUGAGUCUGAACCCUUAAACAAAGUCACCAGUCCCGUGCUUUCAUCCGAAGCCAAGCCAAAGGCCACGGAUGAUGCAAGUCACAGACAUUCAACUUCAGGGAAAUUCGCACCAGCCGUUAAAGCCAAGGUGGAGCUGGAGUCUUCCGAGAGCGUUCCAGAGGGCCUGAUCCAGAUCCAGAACAAUGAGCUUGAUUUGGAGACGAAAGGUCUGCCAGUACCUCCUACUGAAGUGACCUCACCUCUGAGCAAGCCUGGGGAGUCUAUAAGGGUUGAUGAAUGUCAACAGAAGCCCCUUUCUUUAAGCCAGACAAAGGGCGAAGCUUCAGCAAAAGCCCACAAUGAGCAAACCCAGCCGGGGAAGCAAGAAGAAUCAGGUGCAGUGAUGUUCGACUGCACUCCAGGCCUGGUGAGAUCCGUGUCCCUCAUAACCCCUCAGCCUUCAGUGAAGAGUGCUGCCCGCAUGCUGGCUCUGGCUUUGGCUGAGUCUGCGCAACAGGCCACCCGGCUGAGAAAGCGAGGGAGCUCUGAACCGCCCACUCCUGUUUCUCCAGUGCAUCUCCAGGAUCCUCUCUCCUUACUGCAGUGGCCACCACCCUCUUCUCUACAACCUCAGACAUCUUCCACCACUAGAGAGGACCGCUGCAACAACUGCAAAGCCUUCGCAGCUCCCGCAAGCACCAUCUCCACCGGGAGCCGCACCGACGCCGGGAGCAUGCAGAGCACAUUCGCCUGUCAUGGCAGCGAGAGUGGACUUAGCUAUUCUGAUGGAGGUGAUGUGUCCUCUACAAGUCAUGGAACAAAUAUGCUCGCCCAGGACCUGCCUGCUGGUAAAAGUGUUGACCUAAACCAGGCGUCAGAGAGCCAUGCAUCCAUGAGAGAGAACGUCCGCCAUGUUGGAGUUGGUACAGAUGGUGGAGGCCCAGGACAAAGCUCUGAGAUGGAGUCAUUUAACAGUCCGAAACCUUCUCAACUUCUCUCCCAGGCUGAGAGCUCUCUCCAUUGCACCACUGAGAGCCACACAGCCACAGCUGCUCUUCUCAGUAAGCAGAUCGCCAACGCAUCCAACUUCCGUGCCAUAUUAGCCGAAGCUUCCAUGCCAGCUUCUGUCCACGAGGUGCUUCCACACGCUCCGAUUACACCUCCGAGUUCAGGUUACCACUACAGCCCCAAAGAAGACAAUAUGCAGAGAUCUCUAGGACACAUGUACUCCCAUCAUUGGUCAAGUCCAUUGAGGCAGAACACUUCCUACAUUCAGCCUGAUUAUGUACAGCACCAGGCCAAGAUCAUCUCGAAGGACCACUACAACACACUGGCACCAAGGUCCCUCCACCAGUCCAUCAAAUACAAAGGUCAACCAAGGGAUGAAUACUCUCCAAGUCGUCUUUACAGACACGGCGGUCCAAGAUACCCUCCAAUGGAUGGCGCUUCGGUUUACCCAACCAUUCGUAGGGUACGCUCUAUGCAUGCUCCACCAGAGGACAAGUUUUACUUCUUCCAGCACCCUUCCUGCCAGAACAACCCUUACCAGAUACCAGUUCCCUCAGAUAUCCACCACGUACGGCCUUACUUCGAGGACGGGAAAGUUCAGUAUAGGUACAGUCCCUAUUCGGAGGCUCGGUACAACAACAUGGAUCAGUACAGUAGAGUAAACAGCCAGGGAUACAGCCACUCCUACACCCUCCGCAGGCCACCUCCUCAUUCCGGGAGAGUGAUGAGCAGCAUCGAAAACUAUCCCAACCCGUGCCUCAACCCUCAACCGUUCAGCAGAGAAGGAAGUUUUAUAAAGCAAGAUCUUGGCCAGAUACCAAGAGGGAAGAACAGCUCUCUGUACAAGGUGUUCGAUUCUGGUUUGCCUGAUCAUUUUGAACAUUUCGCUCAGACCAAUCGGCAAAUCGGAAAUCCUGGGAAAAAGCGACUGCCGGACCCUGCUGGAGCUCACCCACGUCAUCAGAAAGGGAGCCAGAGGUGCCACGAAACAAUGCACACAAGGAGCAAGUCCGAUUCAGGCAAAGAUCUGCUGAUUUCUACGGAAGGAGCUGACGGGAAAUAUAGAGUGACCAUGGUGUCCCAUUACUCUCCAGAGCACCCGCUCUCUGAGCCGGAUAUAUCGCUCCCUGUGCAGUUGGAAAGGCAGGGAAGUGGUCCUGGUGCCAAAGCGUCGCUCAGGCUAAAGCAGAGCCGCUCCAUGUACAACUACCCACAGCAUGUGCUGGAGGCCCAGCCACUGCCACGCAACCUGACCCUGCAUAAGGAAUACAGUUGCCCUGAUUUUAAACAUCCCGAUUCCUCGGAUGGCGGCUCUAUUCGAUAUCAGGAUAAGCAGAUGUAUAAGACCCUCCGAAGCUGCCCUAAGGAAGACUACCAGUACGUCUGGGUCAAGAGCCACGAUCUGCAGAGGCCGGAGAGAUCGCAGAGCGUGAAAAGCCGUCAGCCGCCCGGCCGUGCCAAAAUGGCUCCAGAGCGAGACCACAGACCCUUAUAUCCUGUCCAGAGCAGAGCGAGGACUCGUAGCAUGUAUGUGCCGUCUCGCACCGACUACAUGGAUGGAUACGUGUCUGUCCAGCCGAAAGUACCUAAGCCCAGUCGAAUGGGUACUGCCGUUUUCCCCAACUACGGUUGCAUGCCCCUUCACAGUAACAGACUCUACUCUUCAGCUGUGGGCCAAGGAGGAUUUCUGCACUCUGAGCUUAGGCCUGAGACAGAGAUAUAUGCAGAAUGAACAGCGUUUAUGAAUUUAUCAGACUGUAAAACCUCAGAAGUGUGGAAAAAAGAGAAACAAAAAAGAAAAAGAAACAAAAAAACAGCCUCUGCUGGCCAGUGGUCUUUUAUUGUUCAGAGAUUACUGUAUUAAAGAGAAAGGAGCUUUAAAAGUUUAUUAAUAAUAUGAAAGUUCAUUCUGGGGUUCAGUCAUAUCAUUUCAUAUUAAAUCACAUCAAAUGACAUCCUCUCUGCUGGAGCCACUUUGUUCGAAGAGUCUAAGAAAGGUUCUGUUUGAGAAUUUUAAAUUUUAGAUGUGAAGAUAAAUGUAUCAGUACAUUUUAAUGGCCCAAAUCAUUUUAUAUAUAUAUAUAUAUAAAUAUAUUAAUCUUGUAGUUUACAUGCAAGAUGCAAGUCGUCACUGUCCAAUGAAAACCAUGUAUCUUCAAAACAGCAACUUAACAGAGAUAAAACCUUCUUAACUGUCAAUGUAUAAAGAGUUUAUAUCAGGUAAUUUUCAACAAUUUCUAUUGGCCCAUCCAUUAAAAUUCAUUAAGUGUAAGGGACAAUUUGUGUUUUUAAAUUGUGUAGUGAACUAAAAAUCAACCAAAGUGGACAAUGAUCACUGAAACAUUUUUUUUAGACAACAUAGUGCAGAAAUAUCUGCACCACAUAUGUGAUGUCUGAAGAUUCCAGGUCUAAAAUGAUUCAGGCAAAUUAACAUACAGAAAAACACAUCAGUUUAGUCUUAGAGACUUUUUUUUACAUCUAAAAGUCCAAACCCGCAGUUUGUGUUUUUUUUUUUUUUCGUUUGUUUGUUUUUUGUUUGUUUUUUUUACAUGUGUAUUCCGGGUAGUUUUGGUUUCCCACUGCAGUUUAGUGAGCGGAUUAAAUAACUUUCCAGCUGUACACAGAGCUCCAUCCAUAUUUGUGUGAAUGCAGAGUAUGGACUAAAGAUUCCAUCCGUAUAAACCCUUGUGACUUCAUUGAUUUCAAUUGGUUUCUCUGACCUUU